CAUAUUUUAAAAAAUGAUCUAUUAAUUAAAGGACUUUUGAAUUAAUAGAAUUUUUUGUGGUACUAAGUGAAGAAAUAAAAUUGAGAGAUUAGAAUAUCGGCUGUCUAGUAGAAAGUAUUUAAUGUCUAUUUUAUUGAAAAUGAAAUUAGGGGUGCGUUAAUAAUAAGUAGUAUGCGUCAAGUGUUUAGAGUGAUUUACAUAAGCUGUUGCUAGGAGAGUUUUCAAAUACAACAUAAUGCAAGCCAGCGCUUAACUUCUUACCGAGCGCAUUGACACCGCCACAGUUUUUAGAAUCGGACACAAUUUCCACGUGGGGCUGUUCACCAGCCAGGCGUAUGCAAACAACUACACUAUUGUUGCCGGAUCCUCGGCUUACACCUGAGCCGGUUGCUACACCGGAAAGGUUUCGUUCCGGUCACUGUCAUUUGGAACUUACUCCUGUUUGGCAAUACAUUGUUAAGAAAAAUCGAUUUCCAGCAAACGUCAAUCGCCAGGAAGUGUUUUCCGAGUUGGUGAUUAGGCUACAACAUCCGGAAUGGCAGGUAAGAUUACACGGUACCCGUGUAUUAGCUUACAUUGUGCCAACGGUAGGUUCACAAUUAGAUGCAUUGAUGUCACCUACUGUACUGCCAUCGAUUAUUACUAAUUUGGCGCAUUUUUCGCCGGCUCUCAGGAGCAGUUCCAUGGAUGCUCUACUAAUAUAUGUACAGUACUCUUCAGACCCCGAGUUUGUAUUAAAAUCAAUGAUCGUGCAGGGUUUGGAUAUACCUGGCGCCAAAUCUAGUCUUACUGUAAAUGUGAUGGAAUGCGUUCCAGUAGUGUUGCAACAAAUUGUAAAAAGAAAUGGUGAUCGACCGAUUGCAAUUCCUACAUUUGUUCAUUUGGUGACCGCUUUGUCAAAUAAAAUGGUUCAGGCGACAUUCCAGCAAGCAGCUGUUUAUUGUUUAGAUAGAGUAAAAGAAAUUGUUGGUAGAAAUAAAUUUGAUCAUUAUCUGGAAACAUUUCACCCUGUGAUAAAAAAGGAUUUUGAAGUCUUAUGUGAAGUGUAUAGGAUAUCGUCAUCAUCAGGACAAGAUUCUUCUGUGUCAUCUUAUGAAGAAGAAGAAAAUGAUGAUGAUGAAGUGGAGGUUCCAAAAACUCCUAGAAGAGUAACAUUUGGCGGUGAGCGUAUCAAAAUUCGUAGUCCAGAUGAAAUUGAUGCGAUCAAACCCACUGGUAUUCCUUUACCAUUAAAACCAGCAUUAAGCAUGCCUAAACAUCCUAGAGGUUUAAAAAAAUUCUUAAAACCAUCAAGACCAGUUAUUCAGACUAUUCAGAAUGUCAGUCAAUCUAAUAGUUUUUUCAAUCGACAUGUUGACCAAAUCAGACCAUACACACUUCCGCCAUUGAGACAGUCAACUUUUAAACAAUUUUCAAACUCACAAAUAGGACCUUGGUUAGGCACGCCGUUAAAAAGAAGUUUGGACGAUAGAAUAUCAUUCUAUAAAGGAUAUUUUUCUCCACACGCAAUUCUCUCAAUUGGAAGAAACUGCGAUUCUUUUAAUAGAACCUAUGAAAAUCAAAAUGAAAUGAAAAUAGAUGAAUCUAAUAGAAACUUGGAAUCCCCAACUAAGGUGACAAGGCCAGUAUUUUGCAUGACUGUCGUACCCGAAAGUAAAGUAGAUAAAUUGCCAGCGACAUCAGCCACGAAAUUGGCUGAUGUUGCAAAGUCUGAAGUUGAAGAUAAACAGCAGACAUCUGUGAUAGUUAAAAAUCAGAUUGAAAGUGACUUGAUUGCUAAACCAAUUUAUUGGCGAAAUAAUCAAGACCCCGAUAAUAGUUCUAAAGGACGCUUGGAUGACAUAAAUUCUAUGUCAUACACUACUUUGGCCGUUACUACAGAAAAACCAGCUUCUAACAUAAAGUUAUAUGCGUCGAGUGUUGACAUUCAAUCUCUGAAUAACAACGAUAAACCAGUAGCUGAAGUAAAGCCAACGAAGAAUGUUAAACCAUUAGAAGAGAGGAAAAAAUCAACUACUGUUUUGCCUAAAAAUAUUCAAAGAAAGUCAAGUGACGUGCAAGGGUCUAGCUUAGCUCCCUUUGAUAACCCUAACAGGAUUUCAGAACUGAUAUCGGUUCAAAUUAGUAGUAAUGAAUGGGAAGCAGUUGUAACAGGCUUGCAAAAUAUUUCGCGAUUAGUGAUGUUUCAUGGUAAAGAAUUGCGACUUAACUCUUUUCAACCAUAUGGCCGCUUAAUUGCUAAACACAUUCGUUGCUUACGUUCACAAGUGGCUAGAGCAGCUUGUACAGCUACUCAGAAAAUAUUCACUUAUGUACCCAAAGCAUUGGAACCGGAUAUAGAAGAAAUAGCUUCAGCGUUAUUUCCUCGAACAGCCGAUACAAAUAAAUUCCUUAGGGUGCAAAGUUCAGAAGCAUUAAAUGCCAUGGUCGACAAAGUGAAUCCAUGUAAAUGUGUACUAGUUGUGGCAGCUAAAGGCGUUAAACAUGGUAAUAGAUUGGUUCGAGCUGAGGCCUGUCGUUUACUAUCAAAAAUAGUUGAUAAACUAGGUGUAAAUGGGACACUUUACUUACCUACAGAAGCUAGAGAUGCUGUGAUAACUUCAGCUACCAGUUUAGUAUUUGACAAUACACCUUCCUCUAGGCAAGCUGCUCAACGCAUCUUAGCUAAAUUGAGUGAGGAUCCAAGAGGUGCAUCGCUAAUAUCAUUAGCAGCAUCACCAAAUGUUAAAGCAACAUUAAAUAAAUCAAUGUCAAGGAUAUUUCUGAAAUGAAAUAUGCCUUUGAUCAAAUAAUUUAUUUUUAUGUUAUGAAAUAAAAAAAUAUUAAUACAUGAUACAUCAAUAUAUUUUUUACAAAAUGUUUAUAAAAUACAUUAUUUAU